AUGCUGAAUUACCUACUAGUGUUGUCCUCAGCCGAACUAUAUGCACCAACAAUAACUCGUUUUGGUAACAAUGACCGUAUAGCAACCGGCUAUUACGAUGGGCUGAUUCGACUGCAUCACAUGCCUCGUAGCCGGAAGCGAUCCGUUGUGGAUGCGUUCAAGGAUAAGCAUAAUUCGGCAGGUUUUGACGGUCGGCGAUUUGUUUCGGCUGAUGUUAAAAAAGCUUUAUUAAACGAUACUCAAUGGGAUUUCGAUAUUUUGCAUUUGGAAAAAAUUUCUGAUAACCAUGCGCUAUCUCAGUUAGGCGCAAAGGUAAAAUAA